AUGCGCCCAACGUCCUCGUUCACCGAAUUGGAACAAAAACUCAUGCGAAAAGCGCUCGAGCUCGCGGAAAACGCGUACGAGUGUUGGGAAGUCCCAGUCGGGUGCGUCUUUGCGAACGGGGAGGAGAUCAUCGCCACGGGGAGGAAUAAAACGAACGAGACGAGGAACGGGACGAAACACGCGGAGUUUGUCGCGCUGGAAUCUUUAACGAGGACUUUGGAGACCAAGAAGGGUGAUGGUGAUGGUGUUGGUGUUGGUGAUGGUGACGGUGAUGGUCUUCUAUAUGAACGUCGUCAUCCGGAGAAGUUGGAUGUGUACGUGACGUGCGAACCGUGCAUCAUGUGCGCGUCCAUGCUGGGACAACUCCCAUUCGAGCGAGUUAAAGUCAUAUUUGGAUGCGCGAACGAUAAGUUUGGCGGCGGCGGGACGUGUUUGAGCGUCCACGAGAUGCGCGGCUUGCCUUCGUGUUUACAAUCAGACACGGCCGACGACGGUUCGUCCUCCUCCUCGAAAGCGUACGAGUGCGUCGGCGGUUUGUUCAAAGACGAAGCCGUGGAAUUGUUUCAGAGAUUUUACGUAAGAGGGAAUCCGAAAGCGCCAUCGCCGCACAGAGAAGUGCGAGAGUAUCCCUCGUAA